CGAUAACCUGCUACGAAGAGCUGCAUGCCAAGAAGCCCAGGUUUUUGGCAACCAGCUGAUCCCUUCCAGUAUGCCAUUGAAGAAGGCAACAGUGUUCCUCAACCCGGCAGCUUGCAAAGGCAAAGCCAGAAAUCUUUUUGAAACAAAUGCUGCUCCAAUUUUGCACUUAUCUGGCUUGGAUGUAACUGUAGUUAAGACUGAUUAUGAGGGACAAGCAAAAAAGCUGCUGGAAUUGAUGGAAAACACAGAUCUGAUCAUUAUUGCAGGAGGAGAUGGCACAGUGCAAGAGGUCAUAACUGGGCUUCUCCGCAGAGCAGAUGAGGCUGCCUUCAGUAAGAUUCCUAUAGGAUUCAUACCUCUUGGAAAGACCUGCACCCUUAGCCAUACGCUGUACCCUGAAAGCACAAACCAAGUCGAACAUAUUACUAAUGCUACAUUGGCCAUUUUGAAGGGAGAGACAAUUCCACUUGAUAUCUUGCAGAUCAAGGGAGAAAAGGAGCAGCCUGUGUUUGCAGUGACUGGUUUAAGAUGGGGUUCUUACAGAGAUGCAGGAGUUAAAGCUAGCAAGUACUGGUACCUUGGGCCUCUGAAAACCAAAGCAGCUCACUUUUUCAGUACAUUGAAGGAAUGGCCUCAGAAACAUCAGGCAGCUCUCAUGUAUCUGGGUCCAACUGAGAGACCUCCAGAAGAGCCAGAGGAGAAACCGUCCAGACCUCCUUUGUAUGUGAGGCUUUACAGACGACUUCGGUUAUACUGGUCAUCUCCUUCAAAAGAAAUCCCCCAGGAGGUAGCCCCGGAGGACUGGGAAGAGCUGAAGCUGUCCACCAUUGAGCUUUCCAUUGCAACUCGGAACAGGCAGCUUGAUCUGACACGCACAGAAGACUUCAUGGAUGUUUGCAUUGAAGAGGAUACUGUCAGCAAAGGGCAGUUUGUAAGCAGAGGAAGUCAAAAGAUGCAUGAUCCACAUACGUGCCCUGAAGGGAGUCAGUGUAUCCAAGCCAGCAGAUGCAUCUUGCAACUUCCAGAGGGCACUGAGGGAUCCUUUGGCAUUGAUAAUGAGGAGUAUGAAGCUAUGCCUGUGGAGGUGAAGCUAUUACCCCGGAAACUCCGGUUCAUCUGUGAUCCCAGAAUUAGAGAGCAGAUGCUCCAUGCAACAGUACAAUGAGAAUUCAUGUCAAAGGGGCCAUGUUUACCAGUCUUACUGGGGUCUCUUCAAGGCACGCAAGACCUUGCUAACUUGAUUACCCCCGACAGACUAAUAAGUCUAUUUGUCCAC